GCUGUUGCUCAGGCAACAGCUUCAACACUGCGGCGGCUCUCCGAUUUCCGCCACAAACGUAGCUUAGUUUAACUAACAUAAUUUAGCUAAUUAUAGAUAUUAUAGCAGUUUAGUUUCAGUCAGACUACAGCUAGAUAACACUUUUAAAGGUUUAUUAAUAGGUAUCAUGAGCGCACACAGCAGUGAGGUGAAGGUGUUUGUCCGCACCAGACCCACGGCCUGCUUUGCCCAGGAUCUUAUUGAAUAUCUGCCGGAUAAACAGACAGUAAAUGUGCGGCACAGGCGGGAGUCCAGGAAAGGGGUGGUGAAUAAUCAGAUGAGCUCCUGGUCAUUUAAGCUGGAUGGUGUGAUGCACAACAUGUCUCAGGAAGAGGUCUAUCAGAGCGUUGCCCACAGUGUGGUGCUCCGAGCUCUGGAAGGCUACAAUGGUACAAUCAUGUGUUUUGGACAGACUGGGGCAGGAAAAACUUAUACAAUGACUGGUGCCACAGAGAGUUACCAGCAAAGAGGAAUUAUCCCUCGUGCCCUGCAGGAGGUGUUUUAUGAGGUGGAGCAGCGUGUGGAUCACACCUUUUCCGUGUUCCUCUCCUUUCUGGAGAUCUAUAAUGAGACAUUGGUGGACCUGCUAGCCUCAAUAAAGAGGGGCCGGGCGGUGCAAGGCGGAGCCUUGACUAUAGUGGAAGAUCCAGGUGGUGGUGUUUCAGUGAAGGGACUUACUUUACAUCCCGUACAUAAUGAAGAAGAGGCCUUUAAUCUGCUUUUCGAGGGUGAGAUGAACAGAAUAAUUGGGGAACACGCCCUCAAUAAGAACUCUUCUAGAUCUCACUGCAUCUUUACCAUCCACAUAGAGUCUCGUUCUCGGACGCUGUCAGAUGCACCAUAUGUUACAUCCAAACUCAAUCUUGUGGAUCUUGCUGGAUCAGAACGGCUGAGCAAAACAGGGUCUGAGGGUCAGGUGCAGAGAGAGGCCUUGUACAUCAACAGAUCUCUGUCCUUCCUGGAGCAGGCCAUUAUAGCCCUGACUGACCGACGCAGAGAGCAUGUUCCUUUCAGACAGAGUAAACUGACCCACUCUCUAAAAGACUCUCUCGGAGGAAACUGUAAUACAGUGCUGGUUGCGAACAUUUAUGGUGAGGCAGCACAGAUUGAAGAAACGCUCUCCACUCUCCGCUUUGCAACCAGGAUGAAGUGUGUGCGAACCCAGCCGUCCAUCAACGAGCACAUUGACCCUGCUCUGCAGGUCCGAAGACUUCAAAAAGAAAUACAGCUUCUGAAGCAGGAGCUUUCCUUACAUGACACACUGGCUAACCGUGCAGUUGUGCCUAAUGAGAGCCUGUCUGAUAGACAGGUGGAUGAAAUUAAGAGUCAGGUUCAGAGAUACCUGGCUGGCACAUUGGACGAGAUCAUGAUUGUGAGCAUUCGACAGAUCCAGGAAAUGUUCACCCAGUUUAAAAAAGCUGUGCAGGAACAGGAGCAGAAGGUAAAGGAACAGCUCAGUCAGAAAUACUCUCUGGUGGAAAAGUCUGAGAACAGCAUUCAGUCUUCUACUGCUGCUGCUGCUAAAGAGCCUGUGGGAGCUGUGGGAUCUGUGGGGGAGGUGGAGAGUGGGUUUGGGCUUGGACUAGCUGCACCCUCGCAGAAACACACUCAAGCUUCAUCACCGAACAAAAGCAAAGGCAAGAAGAUCAAAGAGAACAGCAGGAAGGAUGUUGCACAAACCUCAGGUCCAGCAGAGGGCGUCACUGUGAACCAGAGAGAGACAGAUGCCCUCACUCCUAAUUGUGAGCCUGAGGACCUGGAGGCCCCACCUGUGGACCAAGAAGAACACAAGAAGAAAAUUGACUCUCCUCCCUGCAAGUUUGAGGCAUUUGAGGAUUUCAAGCUGGGGCGGGGCAGCGAGAUCAACCGCAUCCUGAAGGAGAACAAGAGUGUUCUACUGGAGCGCAUGGACCAACUCCACAAACUCACACAAGCCAUCAACUCCUGCAAACGAGACAUCGACCACAUGAGCUCUGAACUCCAGCUGUGCAGAGAACAAAGACAGAGUCAAGGACAGUUUGUGGGUGAAAAGGGUGAGCCUGUGUUGGAGGAGGCGGAGUUAAUUCUGCUAGUAGGCCUCAGAGAAAAGAAAGACCAGUACAGACAGAGCUAUGAAGAGCUGCUCAGCACCAAAGCUGAAGUGCGCUACUGUCAGCAUCUAGUAGAUCAGUGCCGCAUACGCCUGCUUACUGAAUUUGAGAGCUGGUACAAUGAGAGCUUCCUGCUGCCUGAAGAGGUUCAGACCAUCUUCAGUGAAGGUGGACCCAUCAGACCAGGAUUAAUACCUGUGGAUAAAGCUUUGAAUUUGGAGGCUGAUGAACAGGAGCAGUUUCAGCGUCUUCGGACUGAGCUGCUUGCUGAGGGUCCCAGUGCUGUGUCCUUUUAUAAUGCACACAACAGGACUGUACAGAGGAGGCAGCAGGCCAAUUCCUCACAGUCCUGAUUCCAGGAACAACACAGAAACUGGAAUAAACAAGUAAAACAUUGUCUCAAUCAUCUGAACACCACUUUAUAGCAAGAUCUGAUACUCUAUUGCACAUCAUUAAAGCUCUGAACAAUCA